GCGGAUUGAACUGUGUAACAGGGUUGCCCCAGUGCCGAACCCCCCAUAUUGCGUGUACUUGGCAACGGCGAAGAAGGCGCCAUCGGGGCCAGCCGUCCAUGAUCAGCACGAUUUCCAGUUAACACCAAAGCGCUUGCCACAUCUUGCAGGCCGUUUCUUGUCUUGGCAUCUCUUCCAUUUCACUUCGCUUCCCAACGACUAAGUACUCUACCAGCUCAUCUUCGCUCGCUUCCCGCCCUGCACAUUCCGACCGUGUCUUUGUGUGCUUCGGUCUCCGAACACGGCCGGUAUCAUUGUGCCACUUCCGUCCUAUUCAUCCCUCUCGUCUGCAUCAAACCCGAAGGAUCCGGUGCCGCUUCGUCUACGACCAUGCCCCCCGCGGUCGCGCGACUCUUCUCUCGGCAGUUCGAGAACUGCACAUUCACCGAGGAUGGCUUCAUCGAUGAGAGCAGUUGCUAUGUGCCAUUUUGGGCUACAAGAACAGGCACGAUCGUCAAGUGGUCGCUCUUCCUCGGCAUAAUAGCGGUGGUUGGCCUGUACCUCCUGGUGGGCUACAUACACGCGCAGAGGAGGGUGCGGAAGGGCUUGCCACCCCUUGCAUAUCACCGAUUCCUUGUCUCCCGGGCAACUCUCGCCCAGGUCGAUCCUCGAUACCGGUAUCCGCAAUCAGUAACCGUUCACCCGUACGCUCCAGAGAGCCAGUAUUACGACAUGCACGCCGUGCCCCCGCCGGUCUACGAUCCGAAUGCGCCACGCCCGCCCAAGUACGAGCCGCCGGCCGGGGCUACCAAGAUCGAGUCGAGCCAGCAGCAGAGUCCCGAACAGAGCCAGCAGCAGCCUGAGGGACCCGUCGAAUAUGCGCCGCCUGCGGGACCGCCUCCUAGCGCCUCCCGGCCCUAGGGGACGGGAAGCACGAACCAUUUGUGCGACUGAACGGAGGACAUUUCAUUCCCGUAAUCGACGAUUCCGCCGAACAAGGGGUCGUGAACGCCCCUAACCUUAGCGCGCGCCGCACGCCGGCGACGAGGCUGGCUGAGGAGGGUUGUCUGGGAGUUCCCUUUUUGGCGUUUGAUGAACGGCUGCAGGACACCGGGGGGCUGGAGUUGGGCGGGUCACAUGCACUCCUGCUUUGCUUUGCCAACACAACCGAACCUAGACCGAGAUGACGUUUCGCACUCCUAGAAGGAAUAACAAUAUCCAUUGAAUGUCU